AGCUUGGUUUCUCUGUGAGCGAGAUUCACCUUCUACGCUUUAGGAUCGUGUAAGAUUCCGGGACAUAGAUCAUGUAAGUAUAUCUCUCGGAGACACGCACACGACCUCUCUAAGAGAAGUAAAUAGGUACCUUGAUCAACACUCCGUUCUUCUACUUUUGGGCCGUGUUUUGUGCAAGUGUGCUGCUGGCUUCGCACUUUUGUUGGUCCUGCUUGUUUCUGCCGAUCGUUCAAGAAGAUCAACAUCGGGAAAAAUGGGCGAGUAUGUCAACAUCGGAGAGGCUGGCCAGCCCCGAAAGCAAAAGACGUUUUUGGAGGAAUUUAUGCCCUCGAGUUUCGGGAAGACCGAACACAGCAUUUUGCGCGAAGUCGAGCUCCGCUACGGUUUCACGUGGGACAGGAUGCAUGCGUACAAGACGAUAAUGGAGUUUCCCACGCUGCCAGAUCAUAUGCCGCCCUCACACAUUCUCGAUGACAAAAACGUUCCGCGCUGCAAGCUCCCAUACGACGUGCUAGACAGGUUUUGGGAUAUUUUUAAUCGUAUUGAUGCUUGCAUUGGAACUGUUGCUCUUUGGAAUUCUACUCCGGAUUGCUCGUCGCGCGGCGUGAUGAAGCACGAAGGACGGAAGGUUUGUCGACAUCUUUCCAUGAAAAUGUUCUCUCGUGUUUGCUUCCAGGUGUAUGGUCGUCGAAACGGCAAGAGAGACGCGGAAGGAGCCGUUCGCGCGCAUGUAUGUUUGCAAGGAGUUUUUCACGGCAUUUGAGUACGCAGAUGAGACCGAAUGCCAGCGGUAGAGCCAUCAUGCGGCCGUUUUGCAUUUAUGAGCAUUACAGUACGUCCACUCUCGGUCGAAGUUUUUCUGCUUGAAGGCACUGAGCGUGUAUUGACACGAUCGCAGCAAGGCUUGCCCGGCAUUCGAGAUUUGUACUCGAUUUUAACCGGUGCACCAGACGGCGCGACAUGCGUAUGCUUGAACGAAUCCUGAAGUGGGAGGGUAAUCAUUUUCAAUCACUCGGAGCGGACGAUAAAAAGCAGUACACGGGGGAGCUGCAAACGAAGCACGAGUAUCUGCAAUAUGCCAUUGAGCACGACCCAACGCCCGCGCUGAAGGAAAAGGCUCAACGGGACGCGUGUUAUCAAAAUGAAAAAUCCACCCCCCUCCCCAUAUCAAAACGGAAAUUUGUGAUGCUGAUUUGUGGCCACAGAUGAGAUCAGCUUUGUACUGCAGAGAGGCACUGCGGCCAGAUCCCCAGGCUAGGUAGGGGCGUAUGGGUCUAGUAGUUCAGCAUGGCAAACGGCCCCCCUUUAGGCCCAACAGCAUGACAAAUCGCGUCCAUAAUGGGGCGGAAGCUUCUGCCCUUGUCUUCUUGCAAGACAGUUGUGAUCUGUGACCUCAAACCCGCAACACAAAUUUUUGGAAACAUACUUUUUCAAUAUGGGGAGGGGGGAUUUUUCCUUUCGAUACGUGUCACAUGGAAUUCAGGUUUUCUCUCGUUUGAGAUUCUUGCCGGAGAAGGCAAGCUUCUGUACCUCUACCUGCCCUGCCUUGGCUUAAUCUAUGUAUGAUUUUGUUUUUUACAGAUACAUGGAAAGUAAACGUGGAUGCAUAUGCGAAGUGCAAAUGGAAAUGAAGCAAACUUACGCAUGGCACAACAUCAGGCUCGAUAAUCUGGAAACCCUUGACGACCCGAAAAAGCACCGGAAGCUGAAGUGGCGGCUGAGUCACUACUUACAACGAGGCGGCGGACGCGGGAGUUCGUGGAAUAGACGCAUGUGGGACGCACAUAGGGUGGAGUGGAACAAGGAGUCCCCGACCUUUUCUGACCCAAUUUGGAAACCAAAAAGUGCGGAGGAGCGACAAGAGGAAAAGAUACAGAAGCAUCUUGCUGCAUCCGAGAAAGAGCGACCUCGCCCUGGCGAGCCGGAAAAAGUUUCUCCGCCACACGUGCUGCAGGGUAGCAAGAGCUCUGGAUCACCCGUCGGAGCCCAAACUAAUCUUCCAGGCAUGGAUGCGGCAAUUGCGGGGGCAUGAUAAAGAAACCUACGCUCAUUGCAACCGCGUAAGUGAGGCGGUGUGGGUAAUAAAUCAACUUGGCGGUCGUGCAAAGAAAAUGAGCUUCUGGUUUAGGCUGGUUUUGCAGUCGGUCGCCACUUCUAGGGGUCCGCCUCUUUCGCGCGGGCGUCAUGCUUUUUUUCCGCACAAGAU